ACACUCCUUCACCUCACACCAAAACCCAAAACCCGAACAAAUCAUCGACUAAGCAUUCCCAGCUUCUUCUCCCUCGUCCCUGAGUUUUUUCUUCAAAUUUGAAUCCAAAAGAUGGGAUCUUUUCUAGUCAAUCUCUUCUUGUUCCUGUCUCUGUUCCAAAUCUCUGUCUCUGCUCGGAGAUUGGAAGAGACAGAGCAGUUCCGGCUGCUGAAAUACCACAAUGGCCCUCUUCUCUCCGGCAAGAUCACCGUUAACCUCAUAUGGUACGGCAAGUUCAAGCCUUCUCAGAGAGCCAUCGUCUCGGAUUUCAUCACCUCCCUCUCUCAUUCUCCCGCCAACACCCACCAACCAUCCGUCGCCACGUGGUGGAAGACCACCGAGAAGUACUACAAACUCGCCUCCGGCGACAAGAAGAACCCAUCUCCUCGGCCUUCUUUGUCGAUGUCCCUCGGGAAACAGAUCCUCGACGAGGGUUAUUCUCUGGGUAAGUCCCUGUCGGAGAAACAGAUCCUCAAGCUCGCCUACAGAGGCGACCAGCACGACGCGGUCAACGUCGUUUUGACCGCCAAUGACGUCGCGGUCCAAGGCUUCUGUAUGAGCAAGUGCGGGACCCACGGGUCGGCUCCGGGUCGAUCCUUGAAGGGGAAACGGAGCUCCAAGUUCGCGUACAUCUGGGUCGGUGACUCGGCGACUCAGUGCCCGGGUCAAUGCGCGUGGCCCUUCCACGCACCGGUGUACGGACCACAGAACCCGCCGUUGGUUUCGCCAAACAACGAUGUGGGCAUCGACGGAGUGAUCAUCAAUCUGGCGAGUCUUUUGGCGGGAGCCGCCACGAACCCGUUCGGAAAUGGCUACUUUCAGGGUCCCCAAACGGCGCCGCUAGAGGCGGCUACGGCUUGUCCCGGCGUGUACGGCAAAGGGGCUUAUCCUGGUUACGCUGGGAACUUGCUAGUGGAUUCUGAAACGGGAGGUAGUUUCAACGCGUAUGGCGCAAACGGCAGGAAGUUCAUGCUUCCUGCUCUUUAUGACCCUACGACGUCGGUUUGCUCUACUCUGGUCUAAGGGAGGAGAGAUAGAGGCGAUUAUCUUAAUGUAACAGUCUACGGUAGAAAUAAUUCGUAUAAUGUGUGAUUCUUUUAUUCGUUAAUAAAAAUUUUCAUUUUUGGAAAAGUAA